AUGGUCGGUCAGUCGUCACGCGUCGCUUCAGCCAGGACAGAUCCAACGGGCAGCCUGUCAAUCAACACAGCGUCUAGCCUGCCCCCGAGGGGCAUGGCGACAGAAAUUCUCGACGCGUAUUGCAAUCACGACCGCCUCUGCUACCCGUUCUUGUCACCAAAAGCCCUGGACAGGGCACUGGAUGCUGUGUAUGAGGCGGGCAGCCCCGACGCCAUCGACCCAGCGGAUGGUUUUCUCAUUGACAUGACGCUAGCGAUAGGAACGGCUCAAGUGUACAAGCUCAAUUGGAAUGGGAUUUGGGAUGCCGAAGUUCACUACAACCGCGCCAUGACGCGUCUUGGUGACGUUCUAGGACGUGGAGGGAUCACCGCUCUUCAGGGCCUUCUUCUUAUCUGCCAAUACAGAAUGGGAACAACAUCACACGAUACGAGCACCAAUGUCUGGCAUCUCAUCGGAGUAGCAGCACGGACAUGUUUCGAGCUUGGAUUGCACAAGUCUUCGACUAACGCUUUGCCUCAUUCUCAGGACGGCGACGAUGUUGACCGCGAUGCGAGGGCCGAAGAUCUGGAGAUCAAGCGAAGGUGUUUCUGGAGUGCCGUAUCCAUGGAUCGCAUUGCUAGUCUCAUUCUCGGCCGGCCGCUGGCUAUCCAGCUGGACGAUAUUGACACGGAGCUUCCUCAGAUCGAAACGGUCGCAGUCGAGGUUCCCAUCCAUCAAUCUUUGUCGACUGCACCUCUUGGCACGCCCGAAUGGCAGAUGGCUACCACGAUAUUCGUGCACAUUGUGCGGUAUCGUCUGAUCUGCGGCAAGAUACUCAACUCGCUCCAUCGCAGCACCAUCAACAGAGAAAGCAAUGCCAGUUAUGAGGUCACGCGGGAAGCUUUGGCACAGGAGCUCAAAGAGUGGCAUGCAGGGACGACCAACCUCCCGCUCAUACCGGCGGAUGCACCGCUGGCCUCUCCAGCCAGCAGGUCAAGCUUUCGCUCCGAAGAAUGGUACACCCUCCUGUACCACAACGGCAUAUUGAUGCUUUUUCGACCGUCACCAUCAAUCUGCGACGCUUCGCAGAAUAGCAACGUCCUGCAACACAUGUUCGACUCGUCGCAGGAGGCAAUCAAGCUCUACGCCAACCUGCACCGCUCGCGAAAGAUCAACUACUCAUGGGUCACGCUGCAUUCCAUCUUUAUUGCUGGCUUAUCCUACAUCUAUGCACUGCGCAACCACCUUCAGCAUAUCCAGAACCGGCCGCUUCCGAACGGCAAUGCGGCCAACGCAACGUUGCGAUCAACUCCAACUAUCAGUCAAGUGGUCAAUGACACGCGAGCCUGCUCCAAAGUCCUGGUAGCUCUGUCUGAGAGAUGGGCCAUGGCACGGAAUUGCUCCGAAGUCUUUGACCGCCUCAGUGACGCUGUAGUCGCAGAUGUGGUCGAGGCUCAGAGCGGACAACCCCAGGCUUCCGCAGCCGCACCAUUCCCAUCUCAGCAGACUCCUCAUAUGACACAGCAGGUUGAUAUCAGUCUCACGGGCGCUCUGUACGAACACAGCACGAAUCAGAACUUUGUAAACAUGACGGUGGACGAGACGCUUCGAGAUUGCUUCGGAGAUCUACAGAACAUAUACUACGAUCAGUACCAUAGCGAUGCGAUUGCCCAGCUUUCACAGGAAUGGCUCUUUGGUUUGGGAGAUAAUCCCAGCCGGUAUUUCUGA